CUCUCCCGCCUUCCUCCCUCUCGCCUGGGCUGCCUGCCUCAGAAGUGGGGACCCAAAGGGUGCAGGACGCCUGGUCUGCCUUGUGGGUCCUGGACGGAGCCCCUACCUCUGCAAAGAUGACUUGGAGACAGGCCGUCCUGCUGUCUUGCUUCUCCGCCGUGGUGCUCCUGUCUAUGCUGAGAGAGGGAACCAGUGCAUCUGUGGGCACCAUGCAGAUGGCGGGAGAAGAGGCGAGUGAAGAUGCAAAACAGAAGAUUUUCAUGCAGGAAUCAGAUGCCUCGAAUUUCCUCAAGAGGCGCGGCAAGCGGUCCCCCAAGUCCCGAGAUGAGGUCAAUGCGGAAAACAGGCAGAAGCUUCGGGUUGAUGAGCUGCGGAGAGAAUAUUACGAGGAACAAAGGAAUGAAUUUGAGAACUUCGUGGAGGAACAAAACGAUGAGCAGGAAGAGAGGAGCCGGGAGGCUGUGGAACAGUGGCGCCAGUGGCACUAUGACGGCCUGCACCCAUCCUAUCUCUACAAUCGCCACCACACCUGAUCCCCUCCUGAAGCCAGCCAAGAAGAUGAAGCUUGUAGCACCAUUGGCAUCCCCGUGUUCCAGCAAUCUUUCCCAUGCAAACCGGCCCUUCAGAGGGUCUCAGCUUGGGGUCUGCAGUGGCCAGCAGCUCUGGAAAAGACACAUGCCUUUCCUUCCAGUGUAUGAAAGUGUCCUGACUGUCACCUCUUUGCAGACCAUCUUCUGAGGUGAGCAACUGCCUGCAGGGCCUCCUAGCACCAAACCUACAGUGGCUUCCCCUGGCUUCGUUCCCAAGCAAAAGAAUCAGUCAAGAAUCACAUGUUUGCUUAUGGCUUACAAAUAAAAACGCUGCAUCAAC